AAAUAAUCUAUGAUUGAUAUUCAUUUUCAAUCUGAAUUUUGUGCAGCAUUGUUCUUUACAAGAUGAAAUAUUUGAUUCAGAUCGCUGUUUUAUUUCUGAACGUCCAUUUUGGAUACACGAAACCGGGAAUAAGCUUUAAGAAGCAAUUCGAAGUGCAGUUCAAUCCUACACCAUUUAAGUCGUUAGAAUUUAUUUUCGAAAAAUGGUCUAGAUUUGGAAAAUUUGGAUUAAUACGAAAAAUUGCAAAGAGAGAUACAAGUGAUGUAAUCGAUAUAUUUAAUUUGCCAUCACAUGAAAAAGACAAUUUACACGUGUUACCCGUUAAUAAGGAAUCGGUAAAAGUGACAUUACCAGCUCAGAAUGUGGUUAUUUUAUCAACAGUCAAACCAAUACAAAGUACAGAAAAACCGUUACAAGAUUCGACGAAUAAAGUUGAAAUAAUACCUGUGGUUGAACCUAGUAAUGAAAUCGUCGAACCAUUAAAACCUUUCCUUCCUAUGCCAGGUGAGUUAAACGCAAUUAGUAUUCCGGUUGAAGCAACAACACUGCUACCUGCAAGUGCUCCAGUAACAUCUGCAGCUAAACCGGAAAUUACUCCACAAUCAACACCUCUACUUUAUACGAACAUUCUUCAAUCAUUAAAUAUUCCACAAAUGAAAGAAUUGAACAAUCAAAUAUCUCAAACUAUGGUACCGCCAAAGUUAGAAAAUCAGAAUCUCAUUGUAAGGGGUUCAAGAUUCGCCAUGUACUUUGCUUCUAUGUUACUACGUAUGUUAUCACAGUAUCUUUCCGGAAGUCGAGUCCCUUUAGGAAAUACUCCCGGACAAGAGGUGCCUCUGUUAUAAUGAACAACAAAGAGUUAGUUUUAAGAUUUAAUAAUCAAGAGGUAACAUUAACAAAAUAAAUUAAUUUUUAACGUCUAA